AUGGAUAUAUUCCUCAAUGAUGCAUCAGCCCGUACCACUUGGCUAAAGCUUGAAAAAAUCUUUCUUAGCAAUAAGAAAGCCAAAGCAGCAGCUCUUGAAACACGGUUCGUAAACCUCACCCUUGCGGCCUGUAGCUCAGUUGACGACUAUUGCAAACAAUUAAAGGAUAUAGCAAAUCAAUUGGACGAUGUUGGCGAGCCGAUGACUGAAUCACGUCUGGAUGCAGAUUGGGAUCUUGCCAGAUCCAUGCUAAACGAUGAAGUCAUCCGUCAAGCUGCUCGUCAGCAGCAAUCUUCAUCCAUUUUAGUCGCCUCAACCGUCCCAAACUCAACAACCCAGUCGCAACAGCCCUCUGCAGCAACAUCCUCACCUGAUAACACAACUGCAACCAACUCAGGCUCCUACCAGUCCAAUUAUAGAGGUCGGGGUCGUGGAAAACAUGGUCAAAAUUACCGUGGACGGGGUGGACGUGGACGUGGCUACCAGGGGAACCCUACGGGGACUUCAUGGCAAUUCCAGAACUCAUAG